AUGCCACCAUCGCGAGUGAUUCCAGGCAGAUAUCCGCCUCCGGGAACGUCCCCCAUAGCGGACGCCAUUCGCGAGCGCCGGGGAGCGAGGGGGAUUACAUCUUUGGAUGCGGCCUUGUUGCACGUUCCCCCAGUUGCGCAGGGCUGGAACUCUCUUUUGGGAGCGAUACGUACAAAGGGGAAGUUGCCCGGGGAUCUGAGGGAGGCUAUAAUCCUUCGCGUCGCUGCGCUCAACGGCGCCGCGUACGAGUGGAUACACCACGAGCACGUCGGUCGCUCUCACGGCCUUACAUCGCACCAACUCUUCGUUAUCCGCAACACACACGAUCACUCCCGCUCUCCCGUAACACCUGGCGUCUUAUCGUCCUUGCAAGCUGCGGGCAUCGUCUUCGCAGACGCGAGCACGAAGGACGUACGUGUGCCCCCAGACGUCACAUCCGGCCUCAGAACAGCACUCGCUCUAUGGCUCGACGGCGAGGGUGGUGACCUUUUGAAUGAGGGCGCGUCGAAAGACGAUGUGCUUGAUGACCUGCUUGUUGAGGCAGCCGCUGUCGCCGCGACCUAUAACAUGGUCUCCCGCCUACUUCUUUCUCUAGACGUCGACGGUAUGGCCGACGAUCCCGUAGCCUGGCCAUGUGUCAAACAAGAGCACUUCAUCCCUUUCCCCUCCUCUCCCACCCACCACAUCCACGCCAUCACGCUCACCACAAACCCGACCGCGCCCUGGAUCGCGCUCACCAACUCCCUCCUCACCGACCACACAAUGUGGGACCGCCUCGUCCCCUUCCUCCUCGCCCCGCAGGAGCCCGCCGCACCCCGCGGGUACAACGUCCUCCUGCACGACGCGCGCGGGCACGGUCAAUCAAGUACUACCCCCGGGCCCCUCACCAUCCCCCAACUCGCCCGCGACCUUGCGGACGUGCUCGCUGCGCUCAACAUCCCCCUCGUGCGCGCCGUCGUCGGUGUCUCGCAGGGCGGCGCCGCCGCACUGUCCUUCGCCGCCCAAUUCCCGCACCGCACGAAGGCCGUCGUCGCGUGCGACACUGGCCCGAGGACGCCCGCGGGCAAUCGCGCCGCAUGGGACGAGCGGAUUGCGUUGGUGCGCACUAGUGAGGCUGAACAGGGUGAUGGCGCAGGGAUGGCCGCGCUCGCCGACGUCACAAUCCCGCGUUGGUUCCCCUCAGGCUCGCCCUGCUUCCCGGGCGACGCAAGCGGGCACCCGCCAGGGGAACGCGCUGCGAGGGGCAAGUGGGUCGCAGACAUGAUCAAGUCAACGAGCGUACCCGGCUUCGCCCUCGGCGCCUCCGCGUUGCAGGACUACGAUCUCUACCCCCCGUCGGCGGACAACGGCGGACAAGCUCUGCUCGAGAGUCGACUGCCGGUGCUGCUGGUAGCUGGAAGCCUGGAUGGGGGCGGGAAGGUUGGGGCGGGGAUGCUAAAGUUGGCCGAUGAGUGGAAUGAGGCCAGAGGAGGGGAGGCCGUGCAGGUUGAGUACGCGGAGAUCGAGGGUGCGGGGCACCUGCCAAUGAUUGACCAGACUGAGAAGUUUUGGGAGGUGCUCGACAAGUAUUUGCGCUCCCUCUGA